UGGUCCUGACGCGCUGAGGUUGUGGGACGUGUCGCGGUGCCGCGCCGGCUCCUCCUUCCCUGUCCUUCUCAGCGGUCCCCCGCCUCCUCCCUCCUUCCCCUCCUCCCUCGCCCGCAGCCGAGCGUCCCCUCCCCCCACCCAUCGGGCUCCUCGGCAGCUACUGCAGAGGAUUCAGAGCCGAGUCGCUGAGGAGGAGGAGGCUCCUGUCCCUGCGCGCCAUCAGCCACCCUACUGGACACGGGCGAAGGAGCAAGAGCGUCGCAGCUGUAGCUUCCACAGAAGACAAGGACAUCGUCGCCUCAGCCGCCGCCGCCGCCGCCGCCGUUUUCGCCUGCAGCUGCUCUCCGGAUCCUCAGUCUUCCACAAUGAACCCUGUUUACAGCCCCGUGCAGCCUGGGGCUCCUUAUGGCAACCCUAAGAACAUGGCCUACACGGGUUAUCCCACAGCCUACCCGGCAGCGGCCCCUGCCUACAACCCCAGCCUGUACCCCACCAAUAGCCCCAGUUAUGCUCCAGAGUUUCAGUUCCUGCAUUCAGCUUAUGGAUACCAUGAAGCAACUCUGCUGAUGAAACAGGCCUGGCCACAGAACUCGUCUUCCUGUGGCACUGAAGGCACCUUCCACCUCCCAGUGGACACCGGGACCGAGAACCGAACUUACCAAGCAUCCUCUGCGGCUUUCAGAUAUACUGCGGGGACACCAUACAAGGUCCCACCGACCCAGAGUAAUACUGCUCCGCCCCCAUACUCCCCAUCACCCAACCCCUAUCAGACGGCCAUGUAUCCCAUCAGAAGUGCCUACCCCCAGCAGAAUCUGUAUGCCCAGGGAGCCUACUACACACAGCCGGUGUACGCUGCCCAGCCCCAUGUCAUCCACCACACCACGGUCGUCCAGCCCAACAGCAUUCCUUCCGCCAUCUACCCGGCUCCUGUUGCCGCUCCCAGGACCAAUGGCGUGGCCAUGGGCAUGGUGGCAGGCACCACCAUGGCAAUGUCAGCAGGUACCCUGCUGACUACACCCCAGCACACCGCAAUUGGGGCGCACCCUGUCUCCAUGCCAACAUACAGGGCCCAAGGAACCCCUGCGUACAGCUACGUGCCCCCGCACUGGUAAAGCCUGCAGCCCAUCCAAAUCUGGAGUCACACAUUGUAUGCAACUACUCAAGUCUUACACCGGUGCUGGAGCAGUUCCCUAGCAGCACCACCUCUAUUUGCAAGAAAAGACAACGGAAGUGCAAGGGUCACUUUAUGCAUCUUUAAUGGUUUUGGUUUUUAUUUUUUGAUUUUUGUAAAAGCUGCUUUUUUUAAUCUCCUGCCUCUCCCCCACUGUCCCCCUCUUAGCCGCUGGCCUUUCUAGCUCUAGCUCCUCCUCCUAUCUGACCAGGCCAUGCCCUCUCUUCUCUUCUUUUCUUCCCUAAGCAUCCUGUCCCUAGGGAUCCCCAUCUAGUGGCACACAGAGAGUGGGGUUUAUUGCAAUGGUUCAGCUGAAAUCUGAGUUUUAUAUGAAGAACAUAAACAGAUGUGGCCCUCCGUCUAGGGUAGGAACUCAGAGCUGUUGAGCAGGCCACAUCUCUAGGGAAUUGUUCUUUUUUUGUUUUUUCUUAAGAUUAAUUCAGGACAUUACCAUGUCCUGACACAAAAGAAAUGUCUUCUGAGAACCAUCACAACAGACCAAGAACAAAACCACCUGAUUAUGUAGGCAUGGUAUUAGCAGCUUAAUUCCCCAGGCUUAGAACCUGGGGAAACCAGAGUCUGUCUUUGGGAGAAUUUGGAGGAGAGGGGAGGGAGGGCACUGUUGGGGAGGAGAGGGAAGGGGAGAAGUGCUUGCCUUGAUAGCUUUGGUUUGAAAUAAGGUUUCUGGCCAAAUUGUCUGGGCCUCGACCUUCUGAUUUGCACAGUGAUGUUAACUGACCUGGCACUUCCUCAAAGGUGGUUUUGACCUCAGACCUGCCAACCAGCUAUAGUGUGGUGGGACCCAGCAUCCUGAGGCUUUGGAAGGCCAGGUGCCCUGUGUAAUUCAGACCUUGGCCUCCGAACUGUCAUGAACCCACUCUGAUCAGGAGCUUUCUCCUGAUCAGAGUGGGCAUCUAGGGCAUUUCUCUCCCUUUCCCCUCUGCCCUUCCCAGUGCCAAGGCUCACCCAUCUGUAGGGCUGGCAGGCAGGCCAAGCUCUUGGUUACCUUGUGCCACUCAUGGCCAAAGUGAAGGAACCACAUUCCAGGUGGGUGCUGGCAGCUGUGAAGGUCAGGACAGUGAAGGAAAAGCAAUAGCAAUAAACAUUUCAUAGACUCAUGGAACUGAAGGGACCUUAGCAAUCAUCUCAUCCAUUCCCCUAUUUGAUAGAUGAGGAAACUGAGGCCCAGAGAAGAGGAAAAGAGUUCCCCAGACCUCGCUGUAAAUUAGCAUUAAAUGCAGCCUUCCUACCUAAUGGCAUGUUGCCUACAAAAAUUUACCUAGGGAUGGAGUGGCUUGGUUUUGUAAAAAUUAAGUCAGCAGCGCUCACACCUGGUGAGCUCUGGAACAGUCUCUGGGCUCUUGUUUCUGUUCUUUUCCUCCAUGGACUCCAAAGGCUGGGGUUGAAGACUGGGCAGAGGCCACAUGGGGGCAGAUGGCAGGAACAGAAAUUGCAAAUGAAGAAAUAGCAUUUGGAAAUUCUGUGAAGACAUCUGGAACUUUCACCCUGUGCCUGACUUCACCUCUAGGAAAAGGAGCAGGUGGGCUGGCCGAAAAGGAGAGGCCAUGCUUUUAGGACAGUAGCGCCUCAUCCUGAGAGGAGAGGAAGAGGAGGAAGAGAGUGGGAGUCACCAGGAAAGGAGCACGAGGAUGAGGCUCAGGAGACAUAGGCUCAUCUGGGAGAAGAGGGACCCCUGGGACAAGGAGGCCCCUGCUAGUCUCAGCCAGGAGCCUGGAUUGCCCUCCUGCACCCAGCACCUGGCUGGGCCAGUAGCCCAUCUGGGCAUAAGGCAGGAAUAUUUUACUAUACAAAAUGGGAUCAUUGACAACAUUUGGGACUUUUAAAUAACUAUUUUCAGUUUAAAUUCAUGCAAACUUGGAUAUACCCUUCCCUCUGCUUCCCAUGUCUCCUGAAACAAGGAAAAAAAAAAUCAGGAAGCCCUUGGGCUGGAAGGACCUCAGAAGCUCUCUAGCUGCUCCUAGGAGGGCAAAGCUCAUCAGCAUCCUUGUCCCAGAGCCAGGAGUUUGGCGCCCACCUUCCUGGGCUUCCAGGGAACUUCAGGACCUGUAAAAGAAAAUCCUACUGCUCUAAAUCGUCUGUUCUGGGGUGCUGAUGAGGUUUCGUUCUAAAACCACAAAGUUUUCCAGUGUUAAUCCAUUUUUGCAAAUACCUCCUCCCACCCUCUUUGGUUUUGUAAAGGUGGAUGAAGGUUGUUCUAGAUCAUGUCGUGCGUGUUUGAAAAAUGCCAAAAUAAUAAUAAUGAUAAUAAUAGGAAACCUUUGCAUUUGUCAGGUGCAUCAUAGAUUUCAAAGCACUUCACAGCCUUUAAUCUACAGGCCCUGAAGAGACAGGGUCAGAGUUAUUACACCCAAGUGACAAAUGAGGAAACAGCUUACAGAAGGAAAGGGAACAGUCCACAGUGAGCAGAAUGCUGGUAUCCUGCCAAGCUUCCCUGAAUCCGGCUGUCUCCGGGUGGGCUGGGGUAGAAUCACAGAGGAGGAAAGAAAAGGAGGAGACCGAGGAAUGACCUUGUAACUUUUGUUCUUUCUACACCAUUAAGUAAAACUAACAUCUGGACCUCACACUUCAUAGAACAGUUUCAAAUACAUCAUCUGUUUUAACCCUGUGAAAUAGAGAUUAUUCCUGCCAUUUGAUCCAUGAGGAAACUGAGGCUCAGAAAAGUGUCUUGCUAAUAAGUGACAGCACUACUUUAAUUCUAGGCUUUCACCUUUCUCUUUCCCCUCCAGUCUGACCCCACAUAGGCUCAUGUACGUAAGCAUCUGUGCUCUGCACCCUAUCUUAGCCCCUGUGUACUUCAAGAGCAAAGGGAGGUCUCAAAGUGAAAAGAAGGCACUGAAGGGCUGUGGUCUGGAAGAGCCCAGGCCCAGCACCCUUUUUCAGCAUGAGCACUAGAGCCCCAGUUCAGCUGGCCUCACCCUCUUGCUUUGAUGGAGAUCCACAAGCCUGGCCAAGCUUGGUGAGUCACUGCAAAGGGACUGAGCCCAGCAGAGCAGGGGCAAUCGGGUGUCUUUGGUAGGAUGAGCACAGCUUUUGGUAAGGUCACAAGUGCUGGGGGAAGGUCCAUAGGUACCAUCCAAAGACUCUGGAUGUCCCAGUGGCCAAGCUGGACAGAAGAUCAGAGCUGGAAGAGCCCUCUCAUUGUAGGAAGACAAGUAAGCCAGAGAGGACAAGGGAUGUGUCCAUGUGACAUAGUGAGCUAUAGUGCUGGCACCAGCAUGCAAACCCCUCUCAUUCCUACUGCCUCUCCCCAGAUGCAACACCAUGGUGGCCAGUGUCAGGGGUACAGAUGGUUCCAGUCACCAGCCUGGGACCCAGGAAUUUUCAGUCUAGAAGCUGGAUUGUCCCCAGAUAGUGAAAGCCUGAGAUAUAAUCUUUUGCCACAUUAAAAAAAAAAACAAAUAUAUUUAAUUUUUUCCCCAUGAGACAGAACAGUUGCCGUCCCUUCUCUUUCUUACCUGGCAAUGACCCUAAAGUACAUGUCCCCUUCCCUGAAUAUUCAUCAGGGACACACACGCCUGUCCAGAAAAUUUUUGAUAUGCAAGGUACUCUGACAUGGAUUGCCAAAAUCUAAAUUUUAUAGAUGGAAAAACUAAGGCUCAGGAGGCUUAAGAGACUUGACAAAGGUCACACAGCUAGUAAGGGAAAGAGCCAAAUCUUAACUCUUCAAAUCUGCUCUUCCUGCUGCCACCUGCUGGGUCUCUGAGCGGCAAGCAUGAAGGGAGGGCUGCCUGUCUGUCCCCAAACAGAAGAAGACUUUAUGGAGACCUGGGAAUCCCAGUCCUCAGCUGAGCAGAUUGUUAUGAAUUAUUGCUUUAGACCGGGCCUGUGAUGGGCUGUGGGGACCCAGAGGUAAAUCCAGCUGGCAGCACAGGGAGAAUGAGAAUUUGCAACAAAAGGCUUAACUUGGAAAAAACAUUUUGGGAUCAUGUUGUGCAGGAUGCACAGGACAUGUUCAAGGACAGCACGAGGCAUCUUUCGAUUGAAAGACCCAUGUCCCUGGGAACCCUCCCCAUCCUGGCUUUCUGACCUCUGAGAGUCUGCCCACUGCCCAGAUUCAGUGAGUUGGCACUUGAGGGGGAUCCAGUGUAGCCCUGAAAAGCCAAAAGCAUAUGGACUAAAGCCCCUGGAUUUGCUUUUCCCAUGGGUGAGAAACAGGACCUAGAGAGACUCUGAGCAUGUAGGCUCCAUGCAUACUAAUCCUUACCCCAGCCACCCAAAUUGUUCCAAAUUGGAGGUAUCCCACUCCCAGAGAUCUGGGUGAAGGACUUGCUUUGUUCUGAAUGGCUUUUAGAAAUCAUAUGGAGCAUAAAAGUAGGACAGGUCCCUUGGUCACUAAGGUCUAGCAUCCUCAUUGUGCAGACAGGACUCAUCAAGGGUUCUGGUGACGCACUGCGUAUCAGAUUCCUUGGCCCUGCUCUGGGCCCUGUGGUCUUCAUCACAGCACUCUGGCUGGAUCAGUCAUUUCCGUAUCCCCACAGCAUUCCUCCUCAGCUACAGUUGAGUGAAGUACGUGGAAGCUCUGCUUUCCCAUCCCACUGGUGAGCAGCCCAGCUGCUUGCCAAGUGUGAGAAUCGGGCAGGGUGAGUAGCGGACUGGGCAGGUGGGAAGCAGGCUUCCUGUCAGUGUGCAGCCCCCGGGGCCAGACGCCCCACACACAGUGGAGGAACCCUGCCCGGCUAACUGGUCAGAUUCCACACCUGAGCCUCUGAAUGCUCAGGCUUCCAUGGCAUGCCAGGCUCGCUGCAGGGUUUGUCCUUAACUUGUCCAUGUCCCCCUCUCCUAGAAAACUCCUUGUUUCUGAAAUUAGGCAUUACAUGGUUCCAGGGCCCAGCCUUCAAAAUUCCUGGCAGGCCAACUUCAACAUUCCAUGGCCAACCUUGUCUGAGCCAGACCUGGGUCCCACUCCCUCAGUUUCUCCAGUGGGUAUUUUCUGUCUUGUGUUGCAUGCUGUUGAGUCCAACUCAGAGGCCAACUGGCUGGCUGCCACAAAGCCAGAAAGGGACCCGACAGCACUUGCUUCCCUGUGGCUGCAUCGACAGUCCUGGAUAUCCUUGCUGUGGCAGUGAGGCCCUGUACUCAUUCCAGCCCCUGACAGGUGGGAUUUUCCUUCCUGAAGAGAACUGAUGUAACAGCUCCGCAGAUAAGUACCAGCCCACAGGAAUCAAAUGAGUGAAAUCAGCUUUGGGCCUGACCCCAGCAAGACCAGCAUCUCCAGGCUCUAGCCUUCCUCCUCAGGCCUAAGAGAGUCAGGGAAAGGGGGGACUGGCCGAGAAACCUCCUGGGGUCAGCCAGACUGUCUGGAUCUAUGGUGUAGCUCAAGCUCCUCCUUACCCACUGGUAGGUAAGGCUAGGCCUCUAGCAACUUGGAGUUGUCCGUACUGAUCAUUACAGGCCCAAGGGCCUGUCCCCAUCCUGACUUCAAGGCAUCUGCAUCCCUGUUUCAUAUCACAUGACAGCGAAACCUGUUCUCAUAGCAUGUAACAUCCCUGUGAAGAGAGCGUUGUAUAUGAUUUUGUAUUUUUUAAUUCAUUUUAAUCUACAGGUUGGAAUCUAAUUUUUAAAUUUUAUUGGAACUCACAUUUUAAAAAGAAAUAAACAUUUAAAAUAAUAAUAAUAAUAAUAAUAAACCUUUGACCGGUGUCUUCCAAGUAGUUUAAUCAAAGAUUUAUAGGUGUUUCCAAAACACAGCCUGGAGUGUAAAGAUUGGAAAGCCCCAUGGCCUCGCUUGUGUGUAUGAAGUGUAAAUCUGGUUUUGUUUUGUUGUUCUGGAUUCUUUUGGGUUUUUGUUUCGUUUUGUUUUGAAGAUCAGAUAGUGAUCACUCUGAAAGAUUGAAGCCAAGAAUUUGUAACUAUGAUAUUUACUGUAAGCUGUAGAACAUUCAAUAACUAUUAAAAAAAAAAGUUUCC